AUGCUUGGCUGCUGUACAUUGACGUUGCCCAUUUGCUUGAUAAUAGAGUAUGCACCACACGGUAACCUGCUGGAUUACAUUAAAGCUGUGAAAGCAAAGUUAUCGAACCAGAACCCUCCAGAGAACGAUCAAAAGGAAGACGCCGAAGAGCUGUCAUUGGCAGGCAAAGAGAAUAAAUGUGUGGAAGAUGACGAUGUUCAAAAGGAGACUUGUUUCGGAGGAAAAAAAGAUCAAGGGGAUUUUCCUUAUCCUUCACUAUCUGAUCGAGAAUUGCUAAAUUACCUCAACCGCGGGGAAAGACUGGAGAAGUCUAGCAACUGCAACGAUGAAAUGUAUAACGUGAUGCUUCAAUGUUGGCGUGCUGAUCCGAAAGAGCGACCAACUUUUUCAAAUUUGCGUGACACUUUAUGGAAAAUGAGCAAAGGAGAGAAUCCGUACGUGAACGUUGAUCCAUUGCAGGAGAGUGUUUCAGUGAGCGAGACGGACAAAAAUGAGAACACCGUUACAGCAUGA